AUGGCCAAUGAAGACGUUCAAAUGGGUAUGGCCUCCGAUGAAAUAUUCCACGGUGUACCGUUGACCGAUAUUCCGACUCUCUUCCAAACACCUCCCGUUCUAAGCGAUAUGCAAGAUCUUGACGAUCGCGGUCACACGUUUAUGAUAAAACCAUUCAAAUACGAUGCAUCGAAUCCUAAUCUUGAUCCAGAGCCAAUUCAUGGAAUGGGAAAUUAUCACGACAUAUGGGAUGAUGAACAUGUUCGAAUGCCAUGCUCUCCAUUACAUUUAACAAAUGACAGGGCACCCAGAUGGCCGAUUAUUCAAAAUGCUUUGGCAGAACUGAAGCAGAAAUGCGAUGAGAAGAUAGCUACUGUCAAUGACAUCAAAAUAGCAAUUGACAAAAGCAAUGGAACGAACUUUGAAAUAGGUUCCCUACAACAAGUUCUUAACCAAGACUAUUCUGAUGAUCAGCGAGCUUACUUUAUGUCGUUCACUCUUCCGAAAAUGGUUUCUUUCGCUCUUGAAGUCGGUAACAUUUGCAGCCAGCCACCUCCAUUAUUAAAUAUCAAAACAAAUCGUACUGUAACCAUGUCACAACGACAAGCUGCUUCUUUGUUGGCUUGUGGUUUUUUCUGUAUUUUCCCUCAUCAGUUUAAUAGGAAAAUAGAUAACAAACAUCACAGUUAUCAAAGUUUCAAUUUCAAUCAUCUUUUUCGAAGUGGAUCCGCAUGUCAACCGGAAAAACUCAAAUGUAUUUUACACUAUUUUAAGCGUGUUAGUGAAGACAUGCCGAAGGGUGUGUUUAGCUUUCGACGCUUUUCACUUCCAGAUGAAUGGAUACCGAAAUGGAAGGAGUCGCACGCACCACUUUGCAAAAUUCAUAUAAGAACAGAUCGAAGUAUUGAAGAAAUGCAUGGUCUGUUACAAGUUGACUUCGCUAACGAAUAUAUCGGCGGCGGUGUAAUGAGAGAAGGUAUUACCCAGGAAGAAAUACGAUUUACUGUUUGUCCGGAAAUGCUUAUUAGUAUACUCGUUUGUGAAGUAAUGUUGUCUCAUGAAUGUAUCUUGUUGAUUGGUUGCGAGCAAUUUACGACUUAUAGUGGCUAUGCAGAUACUUUCAAAUUUAAAGACAACUUUAUCGAUACAACACCUAAGGAAAGCUGGGGCCGCAAGUUGUGUCAUGUUGUCGCUAUGGAUGCAAUCGAAUUCAAGGAUCCUGUCACUCAGUAUACUUUCGAGAAUAUGAGACGUGAACUGAUCAAAGCUUAUACAUGUUUUCGUUUUCUAAAAUCAAUGGAAAAAUGUAUGUUCGGUGUUGCGACUGGAAAUUGGGGAUGUGGUGCAUUCAAUGGUGAUUUACAACUGAAAGCAAUCAUACAGCUGAUGGUUGCUUCUGAAGUUGGUCGUCCACUUGUCUAUAUCACGUGGCACGAUCAAACGCUGCUUGAAUCAUUCUGGAUAGUUUAUGAUUAUUUGGCAAAUCAGCAAGCAACUGUCAAAGAUCUUUGCAUUUAUCUCCAAUUGUAUUCAAUGAACCACAAGCAAUCGGGAUUAUUCGAUUACAUUUUAAAUGUACCUGUGUCAUCACUGAGGGAAGCCUAUAAGAAUGAUUCUGCUUGA